AUUUAGAGUCCAAAGACCCACAUCAGCCCACAUCCCCCUUGAUCACGGUCGUCUGAGCUCUCAUGACUGAAUGGUCUUCUCAGGCUGAGGUGCAGCUAGAUGCCGAGGUACUUCUCAAGUUCACCCACGCCCUUAUGGGUAUCUAUGUAUGGGAGUGGUUCCUGAGUGUCGACUUUGAUUGGGAAUUUAUCACAGGAAAAAGGCCAUUUCGAUGGCCCAUCAUGUUCUAUUUUGCCAAUCGAUAUAUUCUGUUUUUCGCACUCAUCGGGAUAUUGAUUUCCUUCGACACCACAACCAAACUUAACUGUCAAGCAAUCUACAUUUUCAAUCAGCUUACUGGAAAUGCCUCUGUCGGUCUUGCAAGUAUCAAUCUCGGCUUGCGCACUUUGGCCGUUUACGGGAACUCCAGAACACUCGCCAUCGUUUUAAUCGUUGCCAUUCUCGGUCAUUGGUCGCUGAUAUUGCAAGCUGGAGUCCUCCUUAAGGCAGCUUGGAGCCCGGAGGCCAAUCAGUGUAUCAUAAUUUCCACCAACAAUACCAUCCUCGCCGCGACCUUUAUCUACAGCAUGGUUUUUGAUUUGCUUGUUUUCCUUCUGAAUGCCUACAAACUUGGAUCACGCAAGGGAAAUAUAAGCUCCAUGGGAGAAAGUCGUCUCGGGAAACUCUUAUUCGGUGAUGGCUUAGUAUACUUCUUCGUUGCUUUCCUGUCGAAUCUGCUUGCGACCGUAUUUAUGCUUCUCAAUCUAAAUUCUAUCAUGACUGUCAUAUUCAACAUUCCAGCCGCGAUUUCCAGCACGAUAGUCGCGUGUCGGGUGGUUCGCAGACUAUCAACAUUCACAAACGAAGGUGCCGAAAUUAAUUCUGGAGCUCAACUUGAACUACGUAGAGGAAGUAGAAUGAGGCCACAGAUCCUCAAAAUCACAUCAACAGGCAACCACCAUAUCGGAUCUGGCGACUCUCCUUCUAGCAAUACCGAUGUUGGUCUAAAUUUGCACUACGAUGGAAAGGAAUUCAAGGGUGAACCUGACUCUUAUGACGUAGAAGCUAAGGCCGUACCACUAUAAAAUGCUGCAACACCCCACCCGUUCACUCGUUUAUAUUCUUA